AGAAAUUGUUUUAUUAUUUCAAAAGUGAAUAAAAACUCCAUACCGCCAUCGAAAAGUAUACGCAUACUUAUUCAUUGCAUACUGCCUCAUUAAAGAAUGCAGUCAGUAUGAUUCUAACAGUUUCACUGACAGGAUAUAAAAAAUACCAAUUUAAUAGCUCACUAAUAAAUAACAAGGAUUUAUUAUUAUUCUUAUCAUCAAUAACCAUAUUAAUUUUAUUGUGUAAUCCUGUCAACUCUAAAAAGUCAGAAAACACUACUGAAUAUCAUUUCUCAGUAGCUAAUGCAACAAAUUCUACAUUAUUAGAAUUGAGUAAUAAUACAAAUGUUAAAAAAACAAAUGACUGUUCUAUAUCUUUAACAGAAUUCAUCAUAAAUUUUUAUCUACAGCCUAUUAUAUGUUUCAUUGGGUUUAUAUUAAAUGUGGUGAAUGUGAUUAUCUUUUGUGGACCACAGUUUUCUGGUGCAGCUUACGCCUAUAUGAUUGCCAUGUCAAUAGCUGAUGCGAUUACACUAUUUAGUUAUUUACCAUCUGGUUUAGUAAGGUAA